AAAAAAAAAAAAAAAAACCCGCAUAGGGUCCUUAUCUUUAACACAGAUAGAGAGAGUCCCGGAGCGAUCGGUGUUAACCGUGCAAAGCCGCAUCGUCCGCAGCACUGUCCUCCGCCACCGCCAAGAACAAUGGCCACUUCUCGGUCCUUGUACCGUACUACCACCCAGUUCUCCCAAACCCUUUGCACCUUCUCUACCACCACCGCCACCGCCACUACCACCAAGCCCUCACAUCACAACCACCACCAACAAAACCACAAGUUCCUUGAGUCCCAUUCCUAUGUAGGUAGCUGGUGGAACUCCGAUCGGCCACAGGACCCCAAGGUCGCCGAGCGCAGGCUCGCCCUGCUCCGCCGCGACUACGCCAAACAAGUCAAGCAGGUCCGCAAGGAGUACAUCCGCGAGGUCGAGCUCAUGCGCCUCGAGCAGCAGCGCAAAGACGAGGCCAGGAGAGAGGCACUUCGAUUAGCCAAUGAGGAAAAGAAAAAGCUCAAAGCCGAGGCCGCUAAGCUCCGAGCUCAUGAGCGCGAGCUCGCACAGAAAGAGUUCCGCCAAACCCUGUUGAAGGAAAGAGCUGAGAAGCUUGAAAAUUGGAGGAUGAAAGAAACAAAGAGGGAAGAGAAGAAGAAAGAGAAGAAAGAGCUGCUGCACCGGAAGAGUUCCUUGUGGAUUGACGAAUCUGAAUUGGAAAAGAAGAUACUUGAGGCUAUUGUUGAUACUACACCCCUCUGAUUUUUUCACUUUUCAUUUUGUAUUUUUGAAUGGGAAUAUUUUUUUACUUUUAGUUGGAAUAAUGUUUAAGAAGCAUAAAACAAUCAAGGCUCUGUCUGUUUUUUAUUAACAUUUUGAAGCCUCAAAGCAUUUUUUGUGCUAGAAUAUGUAGCUUAGUCAUGUUUUGUGUAUCGGUGUUUAUCAGUGUAGCCAUUUAAUAUGCAGCUUUGUUUGAAAUAAUGUUUUAGCUUAAUA